AUGCAUGUUAGUGAUAAAUUAAAUGAGAUUUUUUACUGGGCAAAAGAAGAACUAUCAGAAAUAAUAAAUGAUAUAGAGCUUGAAAAAGGGGAAGAAAAAAUUGGUGAAAUAUGUAAAAAAAUAAAAAAUACAAUAAAAAUUAUAAAUGAUGGUAAUAGUUUAGAAAAUAUACAUAAUAUAGAGAGAAAAAUUAUUAAAAAUAAAAAUAUAAUUAAUUGGAAUGAUUUAAAUUUUUGUCUUUUUUAUUAUAUUAAUAUUUAUAAAAAAAUAUAUGAAAACUUAUAUAUAGAAGAAGAAGAUUUUUUUUGUAAAUUUGAUACUUACAAUUAUUUUGUUAAAAAAAAUUUUCAAAUUAAUUUAAUAUAUCAUCCAUUGGUAUAUUCUAUUGAUAGUUCUUAUUUUAAUUUUUUGUUUUCUUUUAUUUUUGAUGGCUAUAAAAAGGGAAAUAAAAAUUUAUGUAUUGAUUUAGGGAGCAGAUUAUGUUUAGAGCAAAACCAAGACACAAAACAUGGUUACUCAAAUUUUGGGGGCAACAGUAAAAACAACUUUAUAAGUGAUCAAAAUGUAGAGAAUCAAAGUUAUGAGGAAAAAAUAAAACAGCCCAAUGAUGAUAUAUCUGUAGAAAAAUGGAAUAUAAAACAGAGUAUGCUAAAAAAAGACCAACGAAAAUUUUCUUGCAAAAAUAAAAUUACCUACAUACUUAAUGAUGAUGUAGAAUAUAAACAAAAUUUUAUAAUAACAAAUGAAUCAUAUUUUAAAUUAUCUGAAAUAUUUACAAAGAAUGAAUAUAUAUAUAAAUAUAUAGAAAAUGCAUCUGAUUCUUUAUAUAAUUUUGGCUAUAAAAAGGGAAUAGCUAACAAAAAUAGCGAAAAAAUUCCUCAACAUUCAAAUGAUGGAGAAAAUGAAGAUAUACUUAAUAAUAGUAACAACUUUUUUGAUACAAAUAAAAAUAUUGAUAAUGAGGGGGAAGGAUAUCGAAAAACAGAUAUAGGAGAAGCAUAUAAUUAUUCUAUAGAAAAUAAAACUUAUAUGAUUGAUAAAGAGUUAAAUAAAAAAAUAAAAAUAUAUAAUGGUGAUAUAGCAAAUGUAGAAAGUCAUGGUAUAAUACUUUAUGCAAAUAAUAAUUAUAAAUACUCUAAAAGUAUAUGUGAAAAUUUAUAUUCUUCAAACUUAAUGAAACUAGAAGAAGAAGAAAAAUAUGAAAUCCGAACAAAAAAAAGUGGUGAAGUUUAUUUAACAAAUAGUUAUGACAAUAUACAUAAAUAUAUAUUACAUGUUAUGCUACCAAAAUAUAAUAGUAAAUUUAUUUUAGCAACACAUAAUACUAUGAAUUUAUGUGUUCAUGAAAUAUUAUAUGCAUGUUUUGAAAAAAAAAUACAAUCUAUAUCCAUACCAAUAGUAUGUUUUAAUUUAUUUUUCCCGAUAAAUAUAUUUUUAAUUACAUUAUUAAAAAGUUUACGUUCUUUAUUAUUAAUACCACAAUUUUACAAUACAAUAAAAAAUAUUAUAUUUGUAACAAAUUCAAAUGAUAUUUAUUUUUUUUUGCUGAAAUAUAUAUCUAUAUUUUUUCCAAGAACAGAACAAGAACGAUUUCUCUCUACAAAUAUUGCCAUUAUUGGAAAUAAAAUUGGAUCUAUAGAUGUGCAAAAUAGAAACAUUACGAUAUUUAAGAGUUUGCGAAAAGUUCGAAAGAGAAAGCGAAAAAAUAAAAUAGAAAAACAGAUAGAAUAUGAUAACCAAGUUGAUAGAAAUUUGUUUAUAAAUAAUGAGGCAAAUAAAGAAGAAUAUAUCUGGGAUGAUAGUGAUGAAGAAUUUUCUUCUGAUGAUUCAAAUUCAUCGGGUUCAUCUACAUCUGAAAUUUUCAAAGAAGCAGAUACCGAAUUUUUGAAUAUAAAAACUCAAAAUGAAAGUCAAAAGAAUUUUUUAAAAUUAACUCAAAUAAAUAAAAGUGAUGAAAAUAUGAAUUUAGAAUGUUAUUUAAGAUUAAGUUAUAAUUAUAAUAAAAAAGAAAAAUUUGAAGAAUUAAAAAAAAUGAAUUUUAUAUAUGAAUAUGGUAUAGAUGAACUUGGUCGAAAUAUAAUAAUUAUAAAUUUUUGUAAUUUUCCAAUAAUAUAUAAUUAUAAUUUAUUAUAUUUUUAUUUAAUAUAUUAUUUUAAUACCUUUAUGAGAAAUCAAUUUAUACUUUUGUUUAUUUUUUCCGAAAGUAUUUUGUCAAAUAUCACAAACAUAUUAUCAUUGUUUAAGGAUAUAUUUCAAGUUAUUCAAGAGUUUCUAAAAAAUAUUAAAAUUAUUUAUUUUUUUAAUUAUUCGUUUAUGUUUAAGUUUUUUAUUUAUGUAUUAUAUCCGUUUAUUCCCCCGGACAUAUACGAGAACAUUGUCUAUCUGAACGAUGACCUGGAACUCUCAAAAUAUUUUGAUGUUCGAAAAGUUUUGAAAAGGGAGUGA